AUGGAUCCUCUCGAAACCACAACUCCGCCGGACAAAUCUCUUCGGUCCUCUUUCUCUUCCGUCCGGGAGGCCGACUCAGAUUUAGCUCAGAACUUUACUUCUACUAAGAUAUCGUCUUAUUCUAAGUUGGCAGAAGAAGCUGAAGAAGCCGUCGACGACUUGCCCUCGCCUCCGGAAAUGGCCACGCAGACCCAGUUCAUUCCUCCCGUGACUCAACCGAAUAGUAGGCUGCACGGCUGUUGGUUCCCAGCUGUCGCCGCCGAGGGCUUCCAAGGCUGGAAGCAGAUAGGUGUGAGGGGGAGACAAGCCAGCAAGAGUUAUGGGGAUUUGCAAGCUUUGAAAAUCGUGUGGUCUCCGGCACCUCCAAUCAAGAGGAAGGACCCCGAAAGGCCCUCUCCAGGACAGUCCACUAUCGAGAAGUUGCCCGCGGAGAUACUUGGUCAGAUCAUUGAUCACCUUGUCCUCGAUGUCCCACCUAAUGGAGUUUCCGCUCGAAACGUGGAUCUUAUGUCCUUGUUGCUGACGUCGAAAACGUUGCACUCUGCAACGUUGAAUGCGCUCUACAAGAACAUCACCAUUCCGCACUCGAGAAUUUUCCGAAAGUUCUUGUCCCACAUUGCACAGAACAAAGAACUGGGGACUAUUGUGCGACGGCUGGACUUUAGCCACUUUAACCCCACCACGCUCUUUGCGACGGCAAGCGAGCGAGCUACUACCCGCAACUUGACACCCGAGACUCUGAUGCAAUGCUUAGAGCUGACUCCUUUCCUUCGUGAAUUCUUAGCGCAGGAGUAUAUCGAAGACGAGAUCGACGCCGACGUCUUGCGGAAGGUAUUUUUCGGGCUCGAGAGGUUACAGGGUAUCGACUUCUGCGGCUGUUCGUCGACUCACUUCAAGAACGCCUUCCAGUCGAUCCUCCUGUCCGAUUGGCCGGAAGCGCUUUCGAUUUCUCGGCUGUCUCUUCACAAAUGUAUUACUUUGCCUUCGUCCGUGUAUGAGACGUUGCUCCCUCGACUGGGGAACUUGACUCAUCUGGACCUCGCAGGAACUCGAGUUACGAACGAGGCACUUCUGUCGAUUCCUCACAAUGCCAAGAUCACGCACCUAAACUUGUCUAAAUGCAAGCUCCUAACAGCUGACGUUGUCAUCAACUUCAUUGCAAACCACCCCGCAGUUAAAGAAUUAGUGGUUUUGAGUCUUGGAGUAGACGCACGGAGCCACCAGCUUCUAGAUGAGGAUGAUCUGAGCAAGCUGAUACCAGUUCUUCCCCAGAGCUUACGUUCGCUAAGCUUGAAGGGUAGCAAAAUGGCUGCGUCACACAUUGACUUACUUCGUCCAUUAACGAAGCACUUAGAAGAGCUUGCGUUGGGUCGGAGGUUGAAGAUCACUGAUAUCGAUCGUCUCUUUGUACCCGACGAGAGCAACGAUGAUAACAUAGAUGAGGAGUUGGAAUGGAUUCCACACUCGCUGAAAUAUUUGGAUCUCUCCGACUACACGGCAACAGAACUCGACCUCAUUACUAUGUUCGGUCGAAAUACGUCAAUUAUGAAGAAAUUCUCAACGCCACUAGAGGUGAUUGAGGUUACGGAUGAUUUAUACGCCCGAUUAGCAAAGUCACCGGUUGUAAAACAGCUUGGAUGGACAGUUACGGAGAAUGGUAGUCGGGCCUGGCUUGUACGCGUCCACAGCCCCGAGGAUGGACCCAGGGACUCCGGACUUCGAUCUUGGAAGAUGGGCGCCUCAUUUUGGGGUAUGCGCAAAAUACCUAUCGCCUGCGCCGAGGUUGGUGGCAUGUACGGUUCAUACAUGUUCAAGCGAAAGCUAUAA